AUGUUAACAUAAGUUAGGGAAGUAACAAUAACAAAAAGAACCUCAAAAGCCUUUAAAACUAAGAAGGAUUUGGGUUUAGGAGGAUAAAAAAAUGAAAUAUUAUAAUUAGACUUUCAUCAUCCUGUCAAUACAAAUUCUGAAAUCUUUGUCUAUGAUCAUAAAUACUUUACUCCAAGUAAUGAUUAACCUAAUUGUAUGCAUUUAUGUCAUUUUUAGAUGUGUGUGAUAUAACUGAAAAUGAAGAUAGCGUUUAUUCGCAAUAAUUUAUGAUGGAUUAAGAUAACCAAAUAAACUAAACCCCUUAACAAGAGAAGAUAAAAUUAAUACGCUAUUCAACUAAGAAAAAUAAGGAAAAUAAAAAAAGAAAGUAUAAAAAUAGAACAAAAACAUUUUCUAAAGAAGAAGAUUAAAGAUUGUUAAACUACAUACUUAAGAAAGGACCCAAGUUUCAUAAGUUCUCCAGAUAUUUUCCAGGAAAAACAACAAAUAUGUUAAAGAAUAGAUAUUAUAAAUAACUAAGAUUUGUUUGGGAUGAUAUUUUAGGAAUGUAUAAUUUUAAAUAUUUUAGAUAAUACCAUCAUUUGAAUUUCAUUUCUAAAGAGCAAACAUCAAGAACAGAAAAAUCUAUUGAUUAAAUAAACAUAGAAGAAAUAGAAGAACUUUAAUUGUUUCCAGAAGUAGAAGGCGUACUAUUCAAAUUUUUAGAUUGUUUAUCUACAACAUUUAAUAAUAUUCAUACAAACUUUAUAUGA